CAGGGUGAGGGCACUAUAUCUCCCAUCACCACCAGCCAUCGCCACCCAUUCCCCCCUCGUCCUGGCUAGCUGGUUCUUGUCAGCUCACAAUAUAAUCUGCUCCACUGAAGAGGCACAAGAGGCAGAGAGGAUUUGCUUCCCACAACUACACCACCUUUCUUUUUUUUUCUUUAACAGGGAGCAGUCAAAGGCUGGGGUUGGUUGAUUUACCCAGAGAAAAAGGGAGGAGAGAGACGAGGGGGGUUGAUUUACUAGGAGGAGAGCCUGCUGUCUUUCCUUUUUUGAGCCUAGCCAGAAAGCACCGAGAAAGUUCACAUCUCCCCUCUCUUCCCCCCCUCUUCUUCUUAGAGUUGAAAAAUUCUUGCAUUUUUAGGAAGCUUGGAUCUUCGACAGGAGCUGCGCCGUACUCUGCAAAACUCUGCUUAUUAUAAUUGGGUGUUUUUUUCCUUCCUCCAAAUUAUUAUUACGCCUGCACAUUGUUUUGAAAGCAGCAGCAGCUCUUAAGAGUUCCUCCUCGCUCCUUUCUUUUCCUAGCAUUCUUUCUGCUCCGAUCUCUGAUUUACUUGGGGUUUUUUUCCGGGGUGGUUUUUUUUUUUUGAAGCUUUCAAUAGUUCCACCCCCCCACACACUUUUAAGUAUUGACCAAGGGGGAGAGAAAAAAGUCAUUCUGAAUGGACUAGAGGGUUUCUCCCCCCCCCCGGAUUUUUUUUUUAUCCUGGUGCCUGGUUUGGAAAUAAUUUAUUUUUCCUCCGUUCCUGAGGAGGAGAUAAAAGUUUUGCUGAAGUUCAGGUCGCAAGGAAUUCUCUCUCCUUGUCCACCUCCCCGCAAAAAUACAUUUCGCGUUCCCCUUAAACGUUUGGGAUGAACUGGAAAUAAACCUUUGGAGGAUAUUUGCUUACAGAAAGGCCAGGAAUCGGAUCCCACACUUUACUGGAUAAUGAGCUGUUUUAAUUUUUGAGUGCCCCCCACCCCAUUUUAAAAAAAGAAGAGACGAGAAUAUUAUCCAAUGAAGUUUUGAUGGAACACCUCUCUGUCCAGUCCAUUUAAUGUUCUAGGAUUUCGUCGGAAAAAGGCCAUGAUGUUGAAACUCCUGGUGGCCACCCUCCUCCCGGCCUUGAUCCUGGCGGCGCCUCCGCCCAUUAGCAAGCUGGCCCUCUUUCCGGACAAGAGCGCCUGGUGUGAGGCGAAGAACAUCACCCAGAUCGUUGGGCACAGCGGGUGCGAGUCCAAAUCCAUCCAGAAUAGAGCCUGCUUGGGGCAGUGUUUCAGCUACAGCGUUCCCAACACCUUCCCACAGUCCACCGAGUCCCUUGUGCACUGCGACUCUUGCAUGCCAGCCCUCUCCAUGUGGGAAGUGGUGACAUUGGACUGCCCCAGCAAUGAAGACAUCCCCAGGGUGGACAAAUUAGUGGAGAAGAUCCUUCAUUGCAGCUGCCAGGCAUGUGGGAAGGAGCAGAGCCAAGAGGGGGCGCUCCUCAACGUCUACGUCAACGGCGACGAGAACCUGCCGGCCGAGGGUCCUCACCCCCACCCCUACGGCCACCACCACCAAGGGGAAGAGGCCUCCAACCACCACCACCAUGAAGACGAGCCCAAGGACUGACCUCCGACCUUCCGGGGGUGAACUGCCCCUUCAGCCCAGGCCUUGACGUCUUUCACCCGCCUCUCAAAUACCCAUCAUGCUUUGCUCUUGGCAACGUUGUCGUGGGGAAGCACAGGCCAAGCUGAAGGCGGACCUUUCACCGGGGGCGGCCGAUGGGACAUUGGGACAAGCUGGCAACCGGCGAGGGAAUUGUGGGAGGGGGUGGUUGGGAGGGCGUCAUUGAUGAAAUUGCACACCGCUCUAAUAUAUUGGGGGAUGAGGGAAGAGGGAGGGGCAAAAUGAGAGAGGGGGUCUCUGGGGCCUUUCCUCUUGAAGGUCCGGCGGACACUCGAAGCAAAAAGAUCAAAGGCGGCUUCUCGGUUUCUGGCUUUCCAUCAGGACAUUUCUCUGUGAAGACUACAUAUAGAAUUGUAGAGUCGGAAGGGACCCCCAAGGGUCAUCUAGUCCAACCCCGCCGUGGGUCCAGUUCUACCACUGGGGAUCGAUCUCGGAGGAGCCAGACUGGAAACCCCCCCCCAAAAAAAAACAUUUUGACAAAAGAGACUCUCCCCUUUGGUGCUUUUUUAGCAGCAGAAGUGAGACAUUUCUUGCAUGUUUGUGUUCUGCCCUCACUUGCCUUCACUGCCCCUGGCUACCUCCAUCACGACUCUGCCUUCUUUUAAUGCAGGGCUGGCGAGCUUGUGUCCCUCCGGGUGUCGCUGGACUCCAACUCCCAUCAUUCUUGAACAGUGGUCAUGCUGGCUGGGACUGCUGGGAGCUGGAGUCCAACAGUGUCUGGAUGGGCACCACUUUGGCUAUCCCUGUUUGACUUCCUAGCAGCACUUUAAUGAAUGGAAGAUAGAAGGGAGCGAAUGAAACUUUACUGGAGAGAACAGGGCGAGAGGGAAGAAUCAGGUGGGCCGGCUCCAGACCAUUUUUAGCGAGCCAGAUCUAGCUCAGUAUUGUCAACGCUGACUGGCAGCACUUCAAUAGGCUUUCAGCCGUACCUGGAGAUGACAGGGGUCGAACCGGGGACAUUCUGAAUGCAAAGCAGACACUCUUGUCACUGGGUUCUGGUUUUCCUAAAUAUUCUAGUCCUCAUGGUUAUGGAUAAAGGGGCUGAAUCAAUGAGGAGGUGCACAGAAGGUAGUCUUAUUCCAAGACAGACCACUGGUCCAUCCAACCUAGGAUUGCCAACACUGACCGGCAGGAGCUCUGCAGGAGUUCAGGCAGAGGACAUUCCCACACUUACUUCUUCAAUGUUGGGGAUUGAACCUGGGAACUUCUGCCUACAAAAGCAGAUACUCUACCACCGAGCAACAACCCUUUCCGCGGGAAUUUAACGUAAUCUGAAUCUGACCCAACAAUGGGGGUGAGUCAGAUUAUUGAAUGAAGAGUCUGACAUCUUGCCCAACCUUUUCCUUGAAUUUUUACACAUCUUAAUCACGGAAUGUUUAGAAUGAGAUUCGAACACUUGCCUAUGUGCAAACCCAGCCUCUCUCCUUGUUCUGCUGACUACAACACUCUUCAUGGUUUCUCUCUCUCUCUCUCUCUCUCUCUCUCUCUCUCUCUCUCUCUCUCUCUCUCUCUCUCACACACACACACACACACACACACACACACACGUUAUAUGCAUUUCCAUCUUUAUCGUUGUGUUAUUCAUCUCUCUUAAUUAAAUAAAAUAGAUCCAACAUCCA